AUGUCCAAGAACGUGGCCUCGCCCAGUAUUCCAGCCAUUGACAUGGACAUGCACGACUCUCCUCCAUCUUCCGCCCCGCCUCGACGGUUCCUGCAGCAUGGAGCUCCCAUGCUCACCAGCCUUCCGCCCAGGCGUAUACAGCUUAGCCUCGGGAACCGCGCUGCGCCAGCUUCCGUCGGAGACGGCCGCAAAUGCCCCGACGUACGCGUCGCUGCCGGGGACCAGCCCGCUGCGCCGCCGAUGCCGCGUACGGCGCCCCCGCUUGUUUCGUGGCGAAGGAGCGACUGGACCACGGCGCUUCGCCACCUGUCCAGCACGGCCUGGCGAAGAACCUGUCCAGCACGGCCUGGCGAAGAGCUGACCCGCCUUGCACCGUAG